UUACGUGCGGGGCCGUUAGUUGCCGGUUGCCGCCGCGGAACGGUGCUGGCGGCGGCGGCGCCCCCGCGGGGCUGGGGCGGGCGGUACUGUCCCCGCUGCGAGGCCUGGCGCCGCGGGGGCUCCGCUCUGCUCCGCGCCGUGCGGUGCCGCAGGUGUCUCCGCCGCUCCCGUAGCGCGGUGUGUCGGGCUGCGUGCUGGCGGCGGUGCUGGGGGGUCUCCUGGGAGUGGUCCGCCGUCUGCCCCGGCUUGGCGGUGCCCGAGGCGGGUUUCCGCCGCUGGGGAGAGCGAUGCCUGCCCUCCUGUCUGCUUCCCCCGUAAACGGCCCUGUAAAAUGUCAGCUUGCUGUUCAAGUUGUACUGCCUCACAGUGAUGACCCUCGUUGCUGCAACAUACACAGUAGCUUUACGGUACACACGGACAGUGGAAACAGAACUCUACUUUUCAACUACAGCUGUUUGCAUCACUGAAGUUAUCAAGUUAUUCUUAAGCGUGGGCAUCUUGGCGAAAGAAACUGGAAGUCUGGCAAGGUUAAUAACAUCUUUAAAAGAAAAUGUAUUGGGAAGUCCUAAGGAAUUAUUAAAAUUAAGUGUUCCAUCUUUGGUGUAUGCGCUCCAAAACAAUAUGGCUUUUGUGGCUCUUAGCAACUUGGAUGCAGCAGUCUACCAGGUGACAUACCAGUUGAAGAUCCCUUGUACAGCUUUAUGUACAGUCUUAAUGCUAAGCCGUUCCCUUAGUAAAUUGCAGUGGUUCUCUGUCUUUAUGCUGUGUGGUGGUGUUACACUUGUGCAGUGGAAGCCUGCUCAGGCUACAAAAGUACAGGUGGAGCAGAAUCCAUGGCUAGGGUUUGGAGCAAUUGCUGUUGCUGUAUUAUGUUCAGGAUUUGCAGGAGUUUAUUUUGAGAAGGUAUUAAAGAGUUCCGAUACUUCCUUGUGGGUGAGGAAUAUUCAGAUGUACUUAUCUGGGAUUGUGGUGACUUUAUUUGGUGUCUAUAUGUCAGAGGGAGCCCAAGUUCUCGAGAAAGGAUUUUUCUACGGCUAUACAUACUACGUCUGGUUUGUCAUAUUUCUUGCCAGUGUAGGUGGCCUCUACACUUCUAUUGUUGUUAAGUACACAGACAACAUUAUGAAAGGCUUUUCUGCAGCAGCAGCCAUUGUUCUUUCUACCAUUGCAUCAGUCAUCCUCUUUGGUCUCCAGAUAACUGUUACCUUUUCCCUGGGUGCUUUCCUGGUGUGUAUUUCUAUUUACCUCUAUGGAUUACCUCGACAAGACACUACAAAAAUCCAGCCAUCAGAGACUAAGAGUUCCAAAGAGAGACUUGUUUCUGUGUGACAUUGUCCACAACAAAUGGACACAGACAAUAGAAAAAAUGGACUGGAAAAAAAAAAAAAACUGCAUUUUUUUAUAUUAGCCUUAAGCUAGUCAUGAGACAGUUUAAAAGAGAUAGAAUAAAAGGAGAAGCUAGUUCUGUUUUACACGUGAAGUUUUCAGUGGCUGAUGUUGAGGCUAAGUUAUUGCCAAGGAUCUGAACUUGCAAGGAACUGAACAUCAGUUGUAUAUAAUGUACAUAAUGGAGAGAAAUUUGGUUCUUAUUGUGUAUUUGAUAAAAUGUCUUGCCAUUGGAGGGCAGAAAUGCCCAAAAGCUUCAAAAAAAAUCUAUUAAAAAGAGCACUUACUGCCAGCAUUUUCUUUUAAA